AUGGAUGCGUACGAAACACUUGGUAUGCUUGGGGAGGGGACUUAUGGUGUAGUUGUGAAGGCGCGGCACCGGGCGACAUCACGCAUCGUUGCUAUUAAAAAGUACAAACAGGCUGAAGAUGACGAUCACGUCCGCAAAACGUCGCUUCGGGAGGUACGUGUGCUGAAGCAGUUACGCCACCCUAACGUCAUAGCCCUGUUAGAUGUAUUUCGCCGCGAUGGGAAGCUUUAUCUUGUUUUUGAGUAUGUUGAGAACACGAUUCUGCAGCUGAUUGAGGAAAAGAAGUAUGGACUUUCACCCGAUGAGGUACGGCGGUACACCUUUCAGUUAUUGAACGGUGUGAGUUACUGCCAUGCACACAAUAUCAUUCACCGCGAUGUAAAGCCAGAAAACAUCCUAGUAUCUAGGGACGGCGUUCUGAAGUUGUGCGACUUUGGUUUCGCCAGGCAGUUGUCGUGUCGGGGGAAUUAUACGGAAUAUGUUGCAACUCGCUGGUAUCGUGCACCGGAGUUACUAGUUGGUGAUGUAUCAUAUGGCAAAGCGGUUGAUGUUUGGGCUAUUGGUUGCGUUUUUUCAGAGCUCUCCGACGGACAGCCGCUUUUCCCCGGAGACUCUGACUUGGAUCAGCUCUCGCUUAUCAUGCGUGCUUGCGGGCCCGUCCCGCAGCAGAUGGUUUCUACGUUUGAACACAAUGCCUUGUAUCGCCGUGUAACCUUCCCUAACGUUGAUGUGGAAGAGACGCUGCAGCAGCGUUUCCCCACCGCAGCAUCGCCAUGGUUAGAAUUUCUUACUUCGUGCCUCCGCAUGGACCCAGUCGAGCGACCUUCGUGCACGGCGCUCAUGAGUAUGGCGUACUUUACGGAGAACAACUUCCGCGCUACGUACGAACUGGAGCUACGGGAGCUUUUCCAACAUUGUCAGCCUCCAUUAGUGGAUGUAGCGCCAACUAGUCCCGAUCACAAUUUUUCGAGAGAACAACAACACCAGCAGCAAACCUUAGGCAACGAUCGCGUGGAUGCUGAACUCACACUACCGAGGCUGGCCGCCCCGUCAUUAGAUGCGGAAACAACCGACAAGGUUGACUCUGCAGAAAGUAAGAAUACCACGAUGGGCGUUUCCAGUGAAGUGGUGGGAGGCGUUGGAGGAAGUGUUGUUGUGGAUAGCAAUAGUAACUCUUUCCACCAGCUUGGAGCGCUAUGGAGUCAUUAUAUAGGAUCAACAGUAGGGGCAACUAUGGCACUUAGUGGUGAGUUACCCAAUAUCGGGCCCCGCCAGGCGCAUCCGUACCCUUCUGGACUUCCGCCCGGUGUUCAGGUUACAAAACCUGUUCCGAGAAGUGGUACCAAUUCAGUGGGUGACAAAAAUUACAAUGGAGUGCAGGCGAUGAAAGUUACGGGUUGCUUAAGGCUUAGUGCGAAGAAUAUUUCUCGGUCGCCCGAUGUACAACGGGUCAAGGCAUCUGCUGCCCAAAGUGGACCCAAGGUUAAGCAGGCCAAAUCUGAAGUCAAGCCUGAGCAAAAGAGAGAGUGGAAGUCGUGCAGCGCGUUAGGUAAGUCAGUGAAGCCCAACUACCUGUUUCCUCUGCUUCCUAAUGGUACAAAUAAUUCGGGUAUCACUUCCUAUGGGCCGAGUGGCGUAGCUGUCGGUGCCGGCCCUGCCCCACAAGAUGCAUGUAGUCCAUUAGUUUCAAAAGGGUUACGACCACCCAGUUCAAAUGGUAUUCCAGGCGCAGGCCUGCAUUCCAAUGGAAGUACCACUUCCUUUUCAGCACACAAAGAUGAAAAGAUGGACCUCGGGUGUGGGGAGCAAAACAACAAUGGCAGUGACCAUAAACAAAGGAAGAAACAUGUGAAACGCACACACGAUAACGGUGAAUUAGAAGGACCACCGCGGAAAGUGUCUGAUAAGCCGAGUUCUCAGCACAGUGUAGCGGGUCACCGAUAUUCUUUUCGAGAUGGUGCAACAAAACGAUGA